AUGUAUGAUCAUCAAUUCCAAUAUUGGCCCAUAUUCCAGGAAAACGACUAGACCAAAGCAUUCUGGAAUAAAAAACUAUAACUCAACAUUACUCAAUCUAUCAUUUCAUAGUUUACUAUGAAUCGAAUAACUUGGAAAUGUAGUAAGCCCACUGAAUAUCAAUUUCUAUUGAAUCAUGAAGGGUUACUAUUUUACUAACAUCAUAACAAAACUAAGGGGUACAUCUAACUCAAUCAUGAUAUCAGUCUUAAAAUCAUUGACCUUAAAAUUUCUAAUAAAAAAUCUGAUCUUAUAAAAAUAUAUUCAUUUAUAUUUGGAAUAAUGAUUAGUAAAAUUAUUAACUAUCUCUUCUCUAGAAAAUCUACCUUUUAAUUCUUCAAGAACCUUUCUUAAUUCUCCUUUAUCUAAAAUCUGGAUUAAGUCUAUACAUUCUCUGAUGUCAUUGCUAAAGGUGGAUUUUCCAAAGUCAUCUAACUCACUCCAAACAUUCGUCUCCCCAAUUAACCACUCAAUUACGCAGGCAAAAUUUAUUAUAGAGAAGAACUGAUUUAAAAGAAGGAUUCAUAAAAAUUUCAUAAUUUUAUUCAAUCAGAAUGUUACGUGCUUAGGAAAUUGAAUUCACCAUACAUCAUUAAACUAUUCGAAAUCAUAUAACUUGACGAAAUGCUAAUCUUAGUCACAGAGUACAUCAAAGGAGGCUCCUUGUAUUAGUACUUAAAGGAUAAGAAGAAGUUAACAGAGGUGGAAUCCACAUAAAUCCUACUUAAACUUACUAUUGCUCUCUAGUGUGUGCAUGGUAUUGGCUAUGUUCAUAGAGAUAUUAAAUUGGAAAAUGUAUUAAUAGAUAAAGAUAAUCUCAAACUGAUUGACUUUGGUUUCACUGAGAAAAUAUCGAGAGAUAGAUUGUAAAAUGGGUAAGGCACAGCUGGUUAUAUAGCACCUGAAGUAUUUCUGAGAUAACCAUAUCUAGAGGUUGGAGAUGUUUUUAGUUUAGGUAUAAUAUUUUAUUCCAUGUUAUGUGGAAGAGCACCAUUUCGAUCAAAUACAUAUGAUGGAUUAUUGAAAUUAAAUAAAGAAUGUUAAAUCGACUUUUCGGAAUCUAAAUUUCUUAGUGUCAGUUAAAAAAGUAUUUAUUUACUGAAAGCUAUGUUAUAAAAAUAACCAGAAAACAGAAUCACAGUUUAGGACUUAUUGGCUCAAUUAUAAGCCUAAACAUUAGUUUCCCAUUUUGGUAAUUUCGUUUCUACUCAAUCUAUUGUUGAGGGUUCUGUGGGUAUGAGUUUUAAUUAUUUGCAAUCCAAAAACACUUUAAAAUCAUUUUAUUAAUAAAGUUAAAAUUCGGUAAGUGAACAUUCAAGUCAAUUGUCAGAAUAUAAAUAAAAGAAAAGAAGAUUCAAAAGUUAGAGUAUGGAUAAAAAAGGGCAUUUUCUAAAGCAAUCCUCAUUCAAACCAUCACUUAAGAAUAUCUAUUAAAUGAGAAUUGAAUAAAGCAAUGAAGACAACUUAUCAAGUGAUAAUUAGGAACAACCAAUCCAAGAAUAAAACCUUUAUUUUUUAUAAUUUUCUUAUUAUUAAUUAAAUAGAUAAAAAUUUGUAUGA